UGAAAAGAGAACAAUUAAGGUAACAAUGGUAAUGAUGAUGAAAUGAUAAUUUUUAAGGUUAUCAGCUUUAUCGUAGUGGAAGAAACAGGUGGCAUAAAUACAAGGUCUUGACUCAUUAUCAACACUUGCCCCUGAGUCGCCGCUGCCAGCAGACACAGUAAAGAUGCUUGCUGUUUUACUCUUAGCGAGUGUCAUUGGGCUCUCGGCUGCCGACACUCCCGCCCACUGUCUGUAUGAGGAUGUCCGCGGCACCUGGACCUUCUACGAGACGGAGCGCUUGGGGGACGCAAGCAUCAGCUGUGACAGUCUGGGCCCCAUCGUGCACGUCAAGAACUUUACCCUCACCUUCCCCGACACCGCCACUGACGAGCAGGGCAACGCCGGCACCUGGACCCUGAUCUACAACCAGGGCUUUGAGGUCAACAUCAAUCAGAGGUCGUACUUCGCUUUCUCUUACUACGAGGGUGACUGGAGCUCCGUCACCUCCUACUGUGAUCAGACCUUCAAUGGCUGGUCCCGAGACACCACCGUCAGGAAUUGGUCUUGUUUCUAUGCCAAUAAGACCACAGAGGUGCCUCCUCGUACAGUUAAAAAAACAGCCCCCAAGGACACAUCACAGCCCUACAGGAAUGACCCGACCCUUGUGGAGAAGAUCAAUACAAUGCAGAGCUCGUGGCGGGCCAAGGAGUACCCCGAGCUGGAGAAGUACACAGUGGGGGAGGUGCAGCGCCGAGGAGGGAGUGUGUGGCCUGACGUACACUCCCGGCCUGCUCCCGCCUCUGCCACAGAGGAGCAGAAGGCCCGUGUGUCGCUUCUCCCGGACAGCUUUGACUGGCGUGAUGUGGACGGCGUGAGUUACGUUUCACCGGUGCGUGAUCAGGGUGGAUGUGGCUCCUGCUACGCCUUUGCCUCCAUGGCCAACCUGGAGUCCCAAGUGAGGAUUGCCACCCAGAACCAGCGGCAGGAUGUCUUCUCCACACAGGACGUGGUCUCCUGCUCCGUCUUGGCUCAAGGCUGCGAGGGAGGCUUCGACUACCUGAUCGCUGGUCGCUAUGCCCAGGACCAAGGAGUCGUGUCUGAAGACUGCAACACCUACACUGGCGGGGAUGAUCCUUGCAUCACGGACUCGUCUUGCGCCCGCACCUAUGUCAGCGAUUACCGUCACGUGGGCGGCUACUAUGGAGCCUGCAACGAGGAGCUGAUGCUGGAGGCACUGGUGACGACGGGCCCCAUCUCCAUCUCCUUCAUGGUGUAUGAUGACUUCUACAACUAUGACAGCGGCAUUUACCACCACACUGGCCUCAAGAAUGAGUUCAAUCCUUUUGAGAUCACCAACCACGUGGUGCUGGUGGUGGGCUAUGGCACGGAGGAGACCACGGGUGAGAAGUACUGGAUUGUGAAGAACUCUUGGGGCGACACUUGGGGUGAGAACGGCUUCUUCAGGAUUAGGCGAGGCACUGAUGAAGCUUCCUUUGAGUCCAUGGCUGUGCAGGUCACCAUCAUCCCUUAAGCUGUUGCCUGUGCAGGACACAAGCUAUUAAGCAAAGAAAGCAAAAUCUUGGACCAGGCAGCAUAACUUACUCAGAAGUGCUGAGGUUAAUGUAUCUGAAAUACAGAGAUGAAGAAU